GAUUAUUCGGAAAGGGACAAUUGAGGUCCAGAUACCGCUUGAAAAAAAAUGUGAGCACAUUUCUGAACUCUUUUCUUCCCACGAGGGAGGAAUAUUUUUGAAGCUUGUUUAUGGCACAAAUAAGCUUUCAAGGUUCACUCGUGGGGUGGUUUGGCUACAGAAAUCGAACCAGCCUCUUCGAAGUAAACACAACCCAAGGGGCAUUAAAUCCUGAUAUCGGCGGCUUUCAUUGGGCUGCGUCCUCUCCCUCUCUCGGCUGUAAAUCCCGGAUAACCUGUGCAGCCAUAAACUUCGUUCAGCCGCCAGAGUGUGCAUGUGAGAGGACUGCAAAUCCCCUCCGCCAAACCAGAAUCAGCCGGUAUCGCAGGCAUGAAAGAGCGUGGAGAUUUGAAAUUGCGGGGAAUGGAGACCCGGCGGUGCAGGAGAGGGGCUGCCCGGGCAGAGCGAGACCCGAGGCCGCUGCCGGGCUUUAACGCUGAGUAAGCCCCGGAGCAGCCAGCGGGGCCGGCGGCAGCGCCUUUCUCUCAGAUUUCACAAUUGCAAAGAGCCCCUUGGGCUUCUCUGCCUUCCGUGAUACUGCGUUCUUGGCAGUGCUGCGGUGCAGGAAGAAGGUGGAGGGCAGUCCUGGUUCAGACACCCUGGAGGACCUCUAGAACGAUCUCUGAGAGCAGUGCUCUUGUCUCUGCCCCUUGAGUUGGGAAUAAAAAAGACAGUAAGUAAUUUCAGUCUGUGUUUCCACUGGCACUCAGGUGUGGACUCAUAAUUGGUCCCAACUUAUUUGCUUGUUCAGCGAGUGUUAAAUGUGCACAAUUUUUGUUCUUCCUUACUGUGCCACCAAUCCCUUCCACGGCCAAGUUAGAACUAGCGAUAACAGUCCAUAAAGAACAUCCAUCUUUGAUACCAGGAAUACAAUGUAUUUUAGCUGCAGUUCGCCGUAUGAGGCAAACCACUGUGCUCUGGGAGGAACCUCAAUGUUGGAGCUACAUGUGAGCACCUGUACUGCAAUAAGACUUGUGGGCACUUCACUCCGAAGGCGACUUACCCAGGAGCCAGUCUGGGGAGGUUACAUAUCAGCAGGUUUUCACUGUCAUCUGUAGAAGGAACUUUAGCCAGUCUGCUCUGACUCCAUGUAUUAGUGUGAAAUACUUCAAGGGCGUCUCUGGAUGAUUAUCUAGCAAUAAGAAAGAAGUAAAAUAGUCUGGAAAGGCAACAACUUGAGAAGCAAAUUAUACUUGUGUAUUUAAAGACAACAGCCCAAAUUUCCAGUCAGUAGAGACCCUGAGUUACUCCUUUCACUGCCAGUUUCCCAUAGUGAGGAUCUAGUCCCCAGGCACACCUUCUGAGGGCUCACAGAAUACAUCAGGAGCUGCUUUAAACAAUUUUUGAUAACUUUCUUCUCUCUUUUGACCGUCGUGAAGCGGAUGGCGCUUUUUAUUUCUCCAGAGAAGAAAAGGAGACAAAAAAUUACCAUCUCUGGUAAUUUGUAUCAUUACAUUUCUAGUCUCCAUGGAAACCGAUGUGGUGCUCCACGGUCGGGUAACAUUUCAAUAUGUUGCAGCAGAAAUCGGAUGGAGGGAAGGCUGGGUUCUGCACCUUGCCUGUUCAUCAGUUGAAAAAGGGUUUGCAAUUGUUUUCACAUUGUUUUGCAGUCCUCACCUAGAGUAAGAAUGGAAGAAAUCAAAGUAAUCAAAUUAAGCUAUUUUGGUUUGAUCCUACAUAUAUCUAUGCACAUAACUCUGUCACUGGGUUUGAUUCUGAUAGGUACUGACAUUAAUUUGGAAGAAUUAUUUGGUUUUAGUGGGAUUAUAUGGAUUAAUACUAUGGAAACUGAAAGCCUAAUAGCAAACUAUUAGUCAAGUUGACUGUAAUAAAAAGCUUGCCAGAGAGGCAGUAACAAAACCCUUGUUGUAAUUUAUGUAAGCAAAGCAUUUGAAAAUCAAGAACCUUAAAUCUUUAUCUUUCUUCGCCUCCACGCUUGUUCUUACACUACUAAGGAAGAAAUGCAUCUCAACACUGGUUUCCUUUGAAAGAUACGGUAACUUCAUCUAGCUGCCUCUUCAGGAUUUCCUUUUUUUAUUCCAAGCUUCACCAACUUGAACACAAAGGCACAUAAUCUUCCUGGGACAGCAGAGGGUCAUACAGAGGGGAGGACAGUCUUUUCUUGUGACCGCAGUCAACCCAUGAAGAGCGAGUGCUGCCAGCCACUUACAAAAUACUGUGGAGAAAAUGUAUGCUAGUCGAGAGGAUAUUGGAUAUGAUUUUGGAGAUGACUCAAAAGCUGAGAGUAAGCCAAUUAAGCCUAAUGCAAACAUCGAUGGAGGAUGGGCUUGGAUGAUUGUACUUUCCUCUUUCUUUGUGCACAUACUUAUCAUGGGGUCCCAAAUGGCCCUCGGAAUACUCAACAUGGAAUGGCUUGAAGAGUUUAAUCAAAGUCGUGGCUUAACAGCGUGGGUUAGCUCCCUCAGCAUGGGCAUUACACUUAUUGUAGGUCCUUUCAUUGGUUUAUUCAUCAGCAUGUGCGGAUGCCGCAAGACAGCUAUAAUUGGAGGGAUAUUGAAUGCCAUAGGUUGGAUACUGAGUGCCUAUGCCUCAAACGUGCACUACCUCUUCCUGACGUUUGGAGUGACAGCUGGCAUUGGAAGUGGUAUGGUUUAUUUGCCUGCAGUGGUCAUGGUAGGGCAGUAUUUUCAGAAGAGAAGAGCGCUUGCACAAGGGCUCAGUACCACGGGAACAGGGUUUGGAGCUUUCCUAAUGACUGCCUUACUGAAGUACCUCUGCACCGAAUUUGGAUGGAGGAAUGCCAUGUUCAUCCAGGGCGCCAUCUCCCUGAACCUUUGUGUCUGCGGGGCGCUUAUGAGACCGCUCUCUCCCAAAGGCAGUAGUGAAAAGUAUAUUGUGAGAAGUAACAGUGAAGAUAAUCAGGCAAAAGCUCUAUCCCAUUCUGCAAAGACGAUAAAAUCGAACGGAGUCCUCAGUGAAGAACCAGAAAAAAAAGAAGAGUCAACAAAUGAAGAAGUGCUUGACAGUGUUCAGCACACAGAAACUGGAGGCAGAUCUAGAAGUGGAAGGAAUAUGUAUGGACUGCGCAUUCUUAAGACAGUAAGCCAGCUGACGGUUACAGUCAGGAAAGGCUUUGCAUUAUGGUACUCCAGCUACUUUGGAGCUGCAUCACUGUUUACCAAUAGAGUAUUUGUGGCCUUUGUAAUUUGGGCUUUGUUUGCCUAUAGCAGCUUUGUCAUUCCCUUUAUUCACCUUCCAGAAAUAGUCAAGCAGUACAACUUAUCUAGUCAGAACAAUAUAUUUCCUUUGACAUCCAUUAUAGCCAUUGUUCAUAUUUUUGGUAAAGUGAUCCUUGGAAUCAUCUCUGAUUUCCCGUGCAUAAGCACGUGGAACGUCUUCCUCACGGCUAACUUCACCCUGGUCACCUGCAUACUUACUUUGCCACUAAUGCACGCAUACAUUAGCCUGGCUGUGGUUUGUGCUCUAAUAGGAUUUUCUAGCGGCUAUUUUUCUUUAAUGCCUGUCGUGACUGAAGAUUUAGUUGGAACUAAACACCUUGCAAAUGCCUAUGGCAUCAUCAUUUGUGCCAAUGGAAUAUCUGCAUUGCUUGGACCACCCUUUGCAGGUUGGAUCUAUGACAUCACACAAAAAUAUGAUUUUUCUUUUUACAUAUCUGGCUUGCUAUACAUGGUGGGAAUAAUAUUUUUACUUUUACAACCUUGUAUUCAAAAGAGACAACUGAGAGAAAAAUCUACAGAAGAGGCACAAGUAUAGAACAAAUUCCAGAAGUUUUUUUACAGAACUUUUUUGUUUUCAUAUUCCUACUGUAUGAACCAACCACGCUGAGCUGCACUGCAGUGAAAAGCAACUAUGCUCCAAAAUGCUUAUAAAUUAUUAGAAAUAUGCUUUUAAAAUUACUUAAGAUCUUUUACUUUAGAAUUAACAAAUAUAGACAUUAAAAGCACCCUGCCACUGUUUAUAAUUGGAAUGACGCUGGGAGCCUUUAACUUAGCUUCUCUUUUAAUUUUUCACCACUAACCUUUGGUGAAACUCCAUUGACUGCAGUGCAGUUACUCCUGAUUUACACUAGUCUUGCAAGAGAAUUACAUCAGGAUAUGAACAAUUUAUAAAACUUCUUCCUACUAUGUAUUCUGUCUGCUAAAAGAUUAUUUACUAAGUAUGAGAAAAGGAUCGUAUUUCUUACCUGGCUAGUCAAGUACUGUUGAAAUGCUAUUACAAUAGUUCAAUUAAUUCACUGUAGUAAAACUACUAUUUCUGUGAUGCAGAACUGAAGAAAAGUUCUUAUAUUUUUCUGAAAUUACUCUUUUCUUUAAGGAUUUUUUAUUUUUUUGAGUAUCAACUGCAUAGUAAAGCAGCCACAGUCAAUACAUAGCCUGCAUUAUAAAUAGUCUGAUAUUUAAUGCAUCUGAAGUAAAAGAAAAGCAGAAAGAGGCAACACAUGGAAAAUAUUAUUGCUAUUCACAGACUGAAAACUGAUUCCAGAAACUGUCUGAAAUUUCUGGCUGCUUUACCUAGUUAAAGGUGUUGUAGAAGUUUAUAACAGUAUCAGUGACUUCUUCCGUGCUAAAGAAAGAGUUGGGCAAAGUUGGCCAGAUAUGACUUUAGAGAGCACUGGACUACAGCACACUGAAAUUUUUUACAAUUAAUUUAAUAACGGAACCUGUUACUUUAUGAGCAAUCGCAUUGGUGCUUAUCAUGUACGCCAUGAACUGUUUAAUACUGGUCACAUUUGAGAUAUUUAUUCACUAGAAAAUCUGGUAAUGCAGAGCAUGGAAGAGCUAAAGAACAUGGAAAAUAUUCAAAUCAAUUUUCUUAAACAACACUAAGCGCCUGGUAAUCAAUGCAGAAGGUUUUGUAU